CCGGCCCCGGGGCCAUUGCCUGCCGAGGGUCCCGAACAAGGUGCUUCCGAGACCGCCGCGCCCGGAAGGACGUUCUGCUGCAGCUCCGGCCGCCCCCGGCGGCCCAAUUACUCCGGUGCUUGCCCCUUGACCCUGCUCUCGCGGCGAGGUAGAGGUGGGGUGGCCAUCUUGGGGCUGCGGCGCGGGCGGCUGUUACGGCGGAGACCCGUCCCUUCCCCCCCAGCCCCGCGAUCCAGGCCGUCUGUCAGUCUUGCAAAGAAAGAGUCCAGCGGUCUGUUAGGCGAGGCCUCGGCCUCGUGCCGGCACUCCCCCGCCGCACUGGGCGGCCCAGGCCGCUGCCUGCUGGCCGUCUCCGCCGCCACCAUGUCCUCCUUCUCCGAGUCGGCGCUGGAGAAGAAGCUCUCGGAGCUGAGCAACUCGCAGCAGAGCGUGCAGACCCUGUCCCUGUGGCUCAUCCACCACCGCAAGCACGCGGGGCCCAUCGUCUCCGUCUGGCACCGCGAACUCCGCAAAGCCAAAUCAAAUAGAAAGCUUACUUUCCUAUACUUAGCAAAUGAUGUCAUCCAAAACAGUAAAAGGAAAGGACCGGAGUUCACUAGAGAAUUUGAAUCUGUUCUUGUGGAUGCGUUCUCUCACGUCGCCAGAGAGGCAGAUGAAGGCUGUAAAAAACCUUUAGAAAGAUUGCUGAACAUCUGGCAAGAACGAAGUGUGUAUGGCGGCGAGUUCAUACAGCAGCUGAAGCUGUCUAUGGAGGACUCCAAGAGCCCUCCCCCCAAAGUAUCAGAAGAGAAGAAGUCUCUAAAGCGGACUUUUCAGCAGAUCCAAGAGGAGGAGGACGACGACUACCCUGGAAGUUACUCCCCACAAGAUCCUUCCGCAGGACCCCUCUUGACGGAGGAACUAAUCAAAGCUUUGCAGGACCUGGAAAACGCCGCCUCUGGGGAUGCUACUGUCCGACAGAAGAUUGCUUCUUUGCCCCAGGAAGUGCAGGAUGUUUCUCUACUAGAAAAAAUAACAGACAAAGAGGCAGCUGAACGUCUUUCAAAAACAGUGGAUGAAGCGUGUCUGUUACUAGCAGAGUAUAACGGGCGCCUGGCAGCAGAGCUGGAAGACCGGCGCCAGCUGGCUCGGAUGCUGGUGGAGUAUACCCAGAACCAGAAAGACGUGCUCUCAGAAAAGGAGAAAAAACUAGAAGAAUAUAAACAGAAGCUGGCCCGGGUCACCCAGGUCCGAAAGGAGCUCAAGUCUCACAUCCAGAGCUUGCCAGACCUUUCCCUGCUGCCCAACGUCACAGGGGGCUUGGCCCCUCUGCCCUCUGCAGGUGACCUGUUUUCAACCGACUAGGACGGACACCUUAUGGCCCCAGAUUCCCAUCUGUACCAGCAGCAAGAAGGGGCUUACGACAUGGUUGGAGAUCCCUUCUAGCUCCUGAUUCUGCCCCUGCCUCUACCCGGCCCCCCGCCCUGGGGGAAGCGCAGAGCUCCGGCUCUCCUCAGCAACCUCUCGUGCGGAGCGCCCGCAGAAGAGUGACGAGUGGGCCCGGGCCCAGUGCACGUUUGAAACGAAUACAAACUUUCUCCCACUUCAUGUUUUCAUGUCCCUGUUGGUUUUCCAUUUUUUAGCUCUCUUUUUACACCCAAGAAGUUACCGAAAUCAUGUGUCCCUCUGGAGCUUUCUGAAGAACGGUGUGUCCACAGGAAAGCAGCUGCACCUCUCUGAGUGGGGGUUGCGCACGGGAGGAAAAGGCUUCCACAGAGGGGCUCUCCUGGCCCACCACCAGCUGCCCCCCAGAGGCCGGAGGCCCCCUGUCGAGCAGCUUUGCCAUAAAGAGUUUGCCAAAUCUCCCAUCCUCCCUUGCAAUUACUUCUUAGAGUGCUACCUAAUUCUGUAAGCAGACCAGGGAACCCUGCACUAAGAUGCCGAGCUGGUCUGGGAUGUGUCUGCCCCGUGCAGGGCUGGAGGAGAAGGGAUAGACCACCACGCCUGAGUUAAAAAGACGUGGUUUGUUUCAAAUUCCUACGUCCGGCCUUCCCAGAUCUGAACCCCUGAGUCAUAGAGCUUGCUCCUGAAAACACUGUCCUCAGACCCCAACUGGUCACACAGGCUCUGCACUGGUGGACCCCAAAAGAGAAAGCCUCCACAUCCCAGCAUGCCACGGGGCUGGGCUCGAAGCACACACUAAACUUAACCCGUGGGUGGACACGUGUCCAGAGCCUACCACUCUGUUUGCUCGUCUGCCAGCCACUACCUGGUACUACCCGUUGUGACUCUGAGGAUGAGGACUUGCAUCAGAUGUCAGGGGCAGGGGGGGGGAGAGACACUAAUCUAGGGGUUUUAAUUCCAUUAUCAUGCUAGCUGACGUUAUAGCCGUAUAUUGUGGCUAGGAAUUUUAUCUUGCUUCUAGUAAAGGUUAGGCCAGCUACAUCACCCUAAUUGGGCAGACCUGUUUUUGAAGUUGGGAAGGGGAAAACAAAAACAGUGUGCCCCAAGAAGAGGAUAGGAGUGGAAAGCUGAAAGGGCAUUCAGCAGAGAGGAGCUUGGGGGAUUUUGAGUGGCUGCUACAGCCGAGGUGGCCCAAAGCUGUUGGUGAUGUGUGAUUUCACACAUUAAACAUGCUUGUUUGUAAAAGUCUUGACAGGCUUGCCCUCAAGACGCUCUGCUGGCCAGGAAGUGGCCCGGGGCGCGUGUCGUGUCGCUGUAGCUGUGUAGAGCCUCACAGGGAGCAGUGUGGCGGCUGCUGAGGUUGGAGUUGGGACUGAGUGUUGGCUUGUUGACAGCCUGUUCUGCCUCUGUUCAAUGAGGAAGCCAAAAGUCCACUCUCCGAGAGUCCGCAGGGCAGUGGGUGGGUGGUUUUACUAAAGGUGUAAGGUAGAGCUUCCUCUCUGCUGUUAGGGCACGUGCUCCCCAGUCCCUUCAGAGGUGCUGGUGUGCGCCACCACUCCUGGACAGACACGUCUCCAGUAUUCUCUGCUCUCUGCCACGGCGUCAACAUGCCUCCAACUGCAUACCACCCGGCAGGGUGCAGUGAGUGAGGCUCUGUUCAGCUCGGUGAAAAUAACCAUAACAUAAUGGGUUCCUCCUGUGCUAGGUUUCACCUGAGUCUAACCAGCAAUUGGUGCAUAGUUAUUACAGCCAGAGAAAGAAAUGAAGUUAUAGCAAUUAUGUAAAUGAGUAUGUUGGCCUCUUGACACCUGUUACUACUGCACUUCCUGUGAAAAAGUUAGUUUUUCCAACCACCACCACCAUCCCCUCCUUUAAUGAAAUGCUUUGUUUUAAAAAAUCUUUAAUUCUGCUCACCACAUCCUCCUAGAAGUGUGCUAGCUUCAGUUGUUUAAUUUAAAUGACUCUCCUUGGCCUUGUGAGGUGAUUUGAGGAGGGCAGGGUUUGUGUUCUGUGGUUUGUUCUUGGGGCAUCCAGAGGUUCCGAAGGAUCUCUCUCUCCUUUAGGUCAGUUUCCUCAGAAAGUCUCCAAUCUUCCUUUGUUUUUGUUUUCUUAAAGAAUAUUUUUAAAGCUGAAAUUUGUAUAUUAAUUUAGGACUUUAUUUAGAAGUAUAGGCUGUCGUGGUGGCAGCAGUAUAUUCUGAAAUGUCUCAUAGAUAUAUAUUUUUGAAUAAAGACGGUGUUGUUGAAAACA